GGACAUAACACUACUCAGCAGCUGUCGCGCCCGUCAUCAUCAUAACAAAAAAAAACAUGCAAGUUAAUUACACAUAACACGUGUACCGUACCAUACUUAACUAUACUACAUAAGGUAAAUCACCUUAUAUACUCCUACUCCAUGUGUUUUUUUUCUUAUAUACUCAUACUCCAUGUUUGGUAUCAGACUAUCUGGUACCACUGGCAGAGACAAAAGGAACAAGUGGGGUCGCCCCUCCCCUCCCCUAAUUUGUUCAAAUACAUUUAGAGCCUAUUUGGAGAUCAUUUUCGGCUUAUCAGACAACUUUUGAUUGCGCACUGAGUUAUGUAAUAAUAAGAAAAAGUAAAGUUGGAGUUAUUUUUUUGUUGCAUUGGCUGAAGUUACUGUAGAAGCAACCCAAGUAAAGUAGUGUUGGGAUAUAUUAUCCCGGCCUAUUACUGUUCAGGAGCCCAAGACAUUACUCAGUACGGAGCCCGAGCAGUUAGGCCCAUUUCGGCCCAUUCGGCCCACUUUAGCCAUUUGGGCCCACUCCGGCCCAUGCGGCCCAUUAGGGUGGAGAGCUUCCCUCACCCCUUUCCCUAUUUAUAGGAGGUUUUCCCUCCAUGUAAAGGACCUUUUCCUUCUUCCUCCUUCUCACUAGAAUAGCUUAGAACUCCAUUAAUGGGAGCUUCCAUACUUGAACUAUGUAAUGGUGAGGAGAGAUUAAUGAGAAUGAGAGGGCUUGGACAUUAGCCUAAAAAGUCCCGUGGUUUUCUCCUUUUCGGGUUUCCACGUAAAAACUGAGUGUUCAUACAUAUAUUUACUAUAUCGUAUUGGAUUAAACUCAACACUGGCGCCGUCUGUGGGAAUCUGUCCAAAAAGAUUCAUGUAUUCUACUGUUCUUGAGUUUCUACAAUUCAUACGAAGUGGACUGAUUCCAGCAAAAAAGAGGAAAAAAUUCUGGAAAAGUGAUUCUGAGAAGUUCUGGAUCUGGGAAGAAGGAAAAAUUUGAUGCUGGAGGUUUUGGAUUUCAGCAAGAAAGGAAAGAAAAAAAAUGAGAGAAAGGGUUAGGAAUUCGGGUCUGGGAUUAUUCGGAUCUGGAUCCGCCGGAGCUCCAUCAGCAACCUCGCCGCCACCGUGAGCCAUUGGCUGAUGUUUCCUGCUCACUGAAGUUCGCCUUCCCAGUCCAGGACCUUGCUGCCGCAGAGCCGCAGCAGACCAGCCACAGAGAGCACCACUCCAGGUGAGGAUGACAUGGCCGUCAAAUGGUCUCCGGUCACCUCAUGCCAGGCAGGGAUUCUAGUGGUCCGCCAUUAAUGGCCACAGCUCACCUUCAAAGGAAGACAAGCCCCCUCGACGCGAUGAGGACAUCACAACGGGAAGUCCCUGCCGCCGUUCGUGGGUGCCCGCAGGCCACCUUCUCCGAUACUGCCGCCGAUCGGCCGCGACUAUCCCCACGGCCACCGCGGAAUAUUGAAGGGGUGAGGGCGUGGAGGACCGGAUAGGCACAGUAGCCUAGGACUGCCUUCUGGUCGCAGGGGAAAGCUGCUAGCCUGUCCCAAUGUGAUGGGGGACUGUAGCAAUGGGAUGUACGUUCAUCCUGGUCAAAGUAAUUCCCAACUUGCCUACUUGGUUAAUGGUUAUGCGAACAAUCACACUCCAAGAGCUAAGUACCACAUAAACCCUCCUCGGCUCCUCACUUACUAAUUAAAGUAUUUGUUUUGGAUUAAAAUAUUACGUUUGCUAGUAUGUUUACAUCACUAUUAUUUAUUAGGGAUAAAAUGUCCCGAAUUAAAUAAUGUGGAGCGAUGCUCUAGUGAUAAUUAUUUUCACCGUCAUUUUAAUUAAUGAUGGGUUGUUGUGGGCCCGUCGGCCCGCUCCUGAUCGGCUUUGAUUAGCGAACGGAGUAUACUUGAAUGGCCUUUGAUAGGAAAGUAUCAUUGCUAUUACCGGUUGUGUCACUAUUAUUUAUUAGGGAUAAAAUGUCCCGAAUUAAAUAAUGCUGAGCGAGGCUCAAGUGAUGGUUAGUUCAGCUAACAUUUUAUUAAGUAUUUAAUUUCUUGUGGCCCCGAUGGCCCACUCUCGGUCAGCUUGAUUAGCGAUCUGAGCGUCUCCAGAGAGUAGUGCCCCGAUGACGCGUUUUAAUUUGGGGGGUUACGCAUUAGUCCGCACGACACCGAGUGCUCGAACGACGAUCGUACCCUAGUACCAUUUACGCCAUUAGGCGCGAAGUGACUGUGCCAAACGCGGCCUGUGGGGCCCGAAGGCACCAAAGCGCUCAACCUCCUUUUUCCGAGGGCAGUGCGACCAACUUGGGUCUGAGUUGAAAACUCACAGACCGGUGAAUAUUUCUAUGUGACGUUCGGUGGGCUGCUAGUUGGUCCCGCCGCGAGCUGCUACGUCCAUUAACCCCGCACGAUGAGCCGGGCCGAGGGUCACGGUAACCCAUAGGCCGGUAAUCGUGGGUGUUAGAAAGAAAGCCAUGCAGAUGGUUAUGUGUGUAUACAUAUUGUCGGGCCGUGCGGCCCGUUACCAUGCUUAUUGCGCAGCUGAAGCCGCUCGACGCGCUCGAGCGAAAUGAUUAAAAGACGAUCGGCCUAAGUCUCAAAGACGUUCAGGGCCAGUUAAAGUGGAGACCAUCACGGCCUAGAGGAGACCACCACGGUUGAGAACCGUGGGACGAGCAUCUCCACCCCAGAAACCGAUGGCCUAGGAAGAACACCCAGAGGCCGAGGGUCUAGAGGCGAAUGCCAUGACAGAGAACCGUGAGACGCUCACCCGUCAUUCGGAGGCCAAGGGCCUAGAAGAGAUCGUCACGGCCGAGGGCCGUCUGACGCCAUCAUACCAUGACCGGCCCCUCGGCACGACAUGAUUAUCAUAUUUGAAGACCGGUUUCAUCCCCGCUCCUCGCGGAGGACGGCCGUUGCUUGUUUUCUCAGAUCGGCCUCUCAUGGCCGACACCAUUAUAUCGCGACCGGCCUCCCGGCUCGGCGUGCUUUCUAUAUUUGAAGACCGGCCUCGUCCCCGCACUGUGCGGAUGAGGACCGUGGCUUGGAUUUCAGGUCGGCCUAUCAUUGUCGACAUCAUUACAUCAUGACCGGCCUCUUGGCACGACGUCUUAUCUUUUGAAGACCAGACUCAUCCCUGCUCCUCGCGGAUGAGGACCGUUGCUUGGUUCUUUCUGAUCGGCCCCCAGGCCGACACUCUUACAUGGCCACCGACCCCCUGGUACGGUGCCAUUAUCUUUCGAAGACCGGCCUCAUCCUCGCUCCUCGUCGAUGAGGACCGUUGCUUGCUAUCUCAGAUCGGCCUCACAUUGCCGAUAUCGUUAUAUCACGACCAGCCUCCUGGCUUGGCGUGUUUUCCACAUUUGAAGACCGGACUCAUCCCCGCUCCUCGCGGAUGAGGGCCGUUGCUUGAUUCUUUCAGGUCGGCCCCUCAUUGCCGACACUGUCACAUCAUGUUCGGCCUCUCAUCGCCGACAUCAUCAUACCACGACCGGCCUCUCGGCUUGGCGUGCUUAUCUUUUGAAGACCGGCCUCGUCCCCGCCACCUCGCAGACGAGGACCAUUGUUUGAUUCUUUCAGGUCGGCCUCUCACUGCCGACACUAUCAUGUUAUGUUCGGCCUCUCGGCACGGCAUGUUUAUCUUUUGAAGACCGGUUUCAUCCCCGCGCUGCGUUGGAUGAGAGCCGUUGCUCGGAUAUAUCGGCCUGACCGGACACUAUUGCCAUCUCCAUUAUCAGGACCGACUGCUCAGCGACAUUAUGAUCAUUGUAUAUCGGCUCCCAAUGCCGACCUUCUUGAGUUAGCGAUCGGGCUCACCCCUCCCUUCAGGAGGGUGACCAUCGCCUUCGCAUGGCGACAAACAUUUCCAUCGCCUCGUCAUUCUAUUCAUUUUGAUAUCCCACCACCAUCAUGUGUGACAUCACUUGUGGUUAUUCUUGGAACCGACGAACGUAUUUUCCUCCCUCAAAAAAAAAAAAAGAAAAAAGAAAAAAAAAGAAAGAGUAAAGAAAGAUGGGGAGAAGGGGAGAGAGAAGCUCCUAUGAGAGAGGGAGUCUUGACGAGGUAUGCCUGAUCUUCCUUCGCCGCGUAUGACGAACGUCUCCCGACGCGGAGGUUAGUAGGAACGUGGGGGAGGCUAGACGUACCAAAGGGAACCUCGGCAGGAUAAACCAGUUCCUCCCAUUUCCCGUGGAUCGAUGAACACCUUCUGCCAAAGCAGAAGGCUAGUAGGGCCACGAGCAUGGGACGACGAAGCAGGGAACCCGCGAUAGGGUAAACCAGUUCCUCCUUGCGAUCGGUGAAUGACCGAACGUCUUCUUCGAGGGAAGAAGGUUAGUAGGAUCACGACAGGGACGAACGAAAAAACGGGAACCCCGACAGGGUGUACCGGUUCCUCCCCCUUAUGGACGGAUGACGAACGUCUUCUGCGAAGCCAGAAGACUAGUAACUCACGACUGGGGACGAACAGAGAUAGGGAAUCCCGACGUGGAUAAACCUGUUUCUUCUCAUAGUUGGGAUGGCGAACGUCUCCUGCGAAACCAGGAGACCAGUACUCACGAGACUUGGGAAGAACGAAGAACCAGUUCUUUACCGGAGUCUGUUGCGUGCCGAGUGUACACCGCUUAGCGGUCCAUACAUAGGACCACAGAUACGGUAGACGAACGAAGACCAGCUCCAUGGAUCAGACAUGAAGAACCAGUUCUCCACCGGAGUCUGUUGCGUACCGAGUGUACACCGCUUAGCGGACCGUACAUAGGACCACGGAUACGGUAGACGAACGAAGACCAGCUCCAUAGAUCAGACACGAAGGACCAGUUCUCCACCGGAGUCUGUUGCGUACCGAGUGUACACCGCUUAGCGGUCCGUACAUAGGACCACGGAUACGGUAGACGAACGACGAUCAGCUCCCCAGAUCAGGUAGGAGGGACAUCGCCCAGAUUUAUUUCAGGCUCACCAUUCCUUCUCGGAUGGAGUCCUGGCAGAUGAUCGGCUUCUCACAGCCAAUCAGGAGAGAGACUUGACACAUCACCAGCACGGCCGAGGGCCGUGAGACGAUUAUCGCUCACCGACAGGCCGAGGGCCAUGAGAUGAUCAUCACUAUUUUUCUGUAUCACGAUCGGCCACUCAGCGCCAUCGUGUCCAGAUUCACGGUUCGACUCGUCCAUUCCCUCUAGGAUGGCGACGAUCGUCUUAUGCAGUACGAUCGGCCCCUCAACGCCAUCGUACCCAGCUCACGUUCAGCUCGUCCAUUCCCUCCAGGAUGGCGACGAACGUCUUAUGCAUCACGAUCGGCCCCUCAGCGCCAUCGUGUCCAGAUUCACGGUUCGGCUCGCCCAUUCCCUCCAGGAUGGCGACGACCGUCUUAUGCGGUACGAUCGGCCCCUCAGCGCCAUCGUACCCAGCUCACGUUCAGCUCGUCCAUCCCUUCCAGGGUGGCGACGACCGUCUUAUGCAUCACGAUCGGCCCCUCAGCGCCAUCGUGUCCAGACUCACGGUUCGGCUCGUCCAUCCCUUACAGGGUGGCGACGAACGUCUUAUGCAUCACGAUCAGCCCCUCAGCGCCAUCGUGUCCAGACUCACGGUUCGGCUCGUCCAUCCCUUCCAGGGUGGCGACGAACGUCUUAUGCAUCACGAUCGGCCCCUCAGCGCCAUCGUGUCCAGACUCACGGUUCGGCUCGCCCAUUCCCUCCAGGAUGGCGACGACCGUCUUAUGCAUCACGAUCGGCCCCUCAGCGCCGUCGUGUCCAGACUCACGGUUCGGCUCGUCCAUCCCUUCCAGGGUGGCGACGAACGUCUUAUGCAUCACGAUCGGCCUCUCAGCGCCAUCGUGUCCAGAUUCACGGUUCGGCUCGCCCAUUCCCUCCAGGAUGGCGACAACCGUCUUAUGCAGUACGAUCGGCCCCUCAGCGCCAUCGUACCUGGCUUCACGGUUCGGAUCGUGCAUCUCUUCUAGGAUGGCGACGAACGUCUUAUGCAGUACGAUCGGCCCCUCAGCGCCAUCGUACCUGGCUCAUGUUCGGCUCGCCCAUCCCUUCCAGGAUGGCGGCGAACAUCUUUUAUGCAGCACGAUCGGCCCCUCAGCGCCAUCGUGUCUUUUUCACGUUCGGAUUGCGCAUCUCUUCUAGGAUGGCGACGAACGUCUUAUGCAGUGCGAUCGGCCCCUCAGCGCCAUCGUACCUGGCUUCACGGUUCGGAUCGCGCAUCUCUUCCAGGAUGGCGACGAACGUCUUAUGCAGUGCGAUCGGCCCCUCAGCGCCAUUGUACCUGGCUUCACGGUUCGGAUCGCGCAUCUCUUCCAGGAUGGCGACGAACGUCUUAUGCAGUACGAUCGGCCCCUCAGCGCCAUCGUACCCGGCUCAUGUUCGGCUCGCCCAUCCCUUCCAGGAUGGCGGCGAGCAUCUCUUAUGCAGCAUGAUUGGCCCCUCGGCGGCAUCAUGUCUAGUCCACCUUCGGCUCCGCCCAUGCCAUCCCGGAUGGGGGACCCGUCUUAUGCAGCACGUCUGCCUCUCGGCGCUGACAUGCCCGGGUCAUCGAUGAGAGCCACCACUUCUAUCACAUCUUGCAUUCCCUCUCUCAUACAUUGCACCCAUACAUUACAUGCAUUCAUGCAUUCAAGCAUCAUACCUCAUACAUUCAUACAUACACACGUGCAUCGUGUCUUGCCAGUACCGCGACGUCGGUUUAUAUAUGCAUGGACCUCUAAGCUUCUCCGUUGGAAAGCUCGAGUCAGAGUCCUUUACUCCCGCCUGAUGCAUUCAGGGGGGCGUGCCCGUGGAGGAGCACCCUUCGCCCGACCCCGUCGAGAAGGGGGGGGGGUGCCUCACCGGCAGAUUACGUUCAGAAGUGCAGACACUCACUCAUAUAUUAUGAUUAUGUGAAGACACAGUUUCCAGUAAGACAGAGGAAGAGCGCAGGCAAGAAUAUAUUUUCUCGAGCAGAUUCGCGCACUCACUACUCAAGAAACUGGGGGACUUGUGUUGGGAUAUAUUAUCCCGACCUAUUACUGUUCAGGAGCCCAAGACAUUACUCAGUAUGGAGCCCGAGCAGUUAGGCCCAUUUCGGCCCAUCCGGCCCACUUUAGCCAUUUGGGCCCACUCCGGCCCAUGCGGCCCAUUAGGGUGGAGAGCUUCCCUCACCCCUUUCCCUAUUUAUAGGAGGUUUUCCCUCCAUGUAAAGGACCUUUUCCUUCUUCCUCCUUCUCACUAGAAUAGCUUAGAACUCCAUUAAUGCGAGCUUCCAUACUUGAACUAUGUAAUGGUGAGGAGAGAUUAAUGAGAAUGAGAGGGCUUGGACAUUAGCCUAAAAAGUCCCGUGGUUUUCUCCCUUUCGGGUUUCCACGUAAAAACUGAGUGUUCAUACAUAUAUUUACUAUAUCGUGUUGGAUUAAACUCAACAAGUAGUUAGGAUUUUUUUCUUUAUUUGUUUAAAUAUGAGAGGAAGGGAGAGAGGACAAAAACAAAAUUAAAGAAGAAAAGUGCAGAUUUUAAUGAUUUGGGAAGAUACCCGUUUGGGUACUUUAAAUCACUCGGUCGGGUAUCAGCUGAAAUGAGGAACCGAAAUGCUACCCGAUCGAUCACAGGUAUAUUUUUACAAAACUGUGCAUACCCGAUCGGGUACAUACAUAUACUCGGUCGGGUAUGGCUGGAAAACCCAAACUCACUGCCUCACCAACCCGAUCGAGUACACACCUCAAAACUGAACAAACCACAUAUACCUGAUUGAGUAUAUAGGGAUACCCGAUCGGGUACACCUCCGUUUCCAGCCCUUUUCACGCCCAAAACACUCAUCUUCCCCAAAUUUCCUCCCAAAAGUCGAACCCUCUCUCCCCCAACCUCCAGUCUUCAAACUUCUUUCUUCAAUUUCUCCCUCAUUACUCACUCAUACCACAACCAAAACACUCUCAUCACUUCCCUCUACAAUCCAAUACCCAAAAAUCCUCAUAUCUUUUCCAUCUACACAAAAAACACGAAACCCUACUCCCUACCCUCAAGUCCGAAUUCCAAGACCCAAAAACAACAUUCAAUGGCACAUAAAAGGGAUAGGGCCGAAAGUUCAAAUGUAAGGGGACCAAUUCAAGGCUACAAGGAUGUCCGUUUCAACCCGGGUAUGACGGAGACAAGCACUAGGAACAGUGCUUCGAGCUAAGUGAGGGGAGUCACUAAUUGGUACGUUCUUAGGUUUGAUACCUUGUAACUAGCAUUAUUUUCUUCACACACAAAAACAAAUGCUAGUUAGGUUGAAAAACCCCCUAAAGCAGGAGACUCAUAGAAUAGACUAAUAGUAAUAGAUAAUAUGUUAAGAAAGUACAAAAUAGAGGAAGUAUGCUAAAUUAAUCAAUAGAUGACUCAUUUUUUUUAACCUAAACUAUCUGUUAACUAUUAGCGUUCUUUUUGCUUGAAUAAUAUGUUUUAUUGAAAGAUUGAAAGAGCAGAAUGGAUUAUUCACAUGUUCUUAAACAUUUUAUAAAAAAAUGAAUAGACGGACAAUCUAAGCAAAAAGCCGUAUUGAGUGUUUUUUACUUAUCUACAAUACACUUAUAUUUCAUCUCAAAUUACUCAAAAAGCCUAAUGGGUCAUCUAAAUAGAUACAGAGGGAGCAGAAUAGAGAAAUUUUUGUCAUAUUGAGUGAUGAGGGAAAUAAGAAAACACAGCUGAUAUUCGUGUAAUUUCUGAUUGUAUGUUUGUAUUUUUAACUAGUUUUUAUUAGUUCUAAUUGUGGAAAUUACACACUUUUUGUGUAAUACUUUAUUUUCAUUUUUUAUUUGUAAUUUGUUUAGAUUAGGAUUAUUCUGAGCUAAACAAGUCAAAGAUCAUUCAAGGGAUCAAGAUUGGACCGGAAAAGAUCAAGGAAAGUGCAAGGAGGCAAGAAAGGUUUCGAUUUGGAAAAAAUAUUCAUGUACCCGAUCGGGUAUUGCCUAUACCCGAUCGGGUAUUUGAUUGAUUCGAUUGUCCAAAUCAAAUCCGGGAACAAAUGAUUGUGGGAGCGAAUUUUCGUGAAGAUUUGUCACAUAUCCGAUCGGGUAUACCAACAUACCCGAUCGGGUAUGCCCCAGAAAAGUGACUUUCUGUGCAAUUUCUUAAGAUACCCGGUCGGGUAUCCUAUAUACCCGGUCGGGUAUCAGACCCUGCAGCUCCCAAAAGCCUAUAAAUACACCUCUUUUCUUCCCAAUAAAAUCACCAAUUCCUAUACACUUCUAAGCUCAGUCUAGAUAAGUUCUUCCUUUAUAUUUUUAUAAUGUUUAGUCUCCAAAUGAGGAGCUAAACUCUUCCAUCUUGGUUUUGCUACUUUGAAGCUUAAUGAAUUGUAAGUUGUGAGUUAUCUUCUUUAAUCUUCUUCCUUGAAUAUUAAUUAAUUCCUAUUCCUAUCUCAUAUUAAUAUUUUGAUCAUUACUUAAAGGAUCAACUAGUUUUGUUUCAUAUAUUAAUUAUUACUAGAACCGAUCGAUUAAUACACUUGUUAUUAAUUCGGUCCUUUCACGGUAGUAAACUUGGGUUGUUAAUGCAUGCGUUUCAUGGUUAAUAUAUAACCGAAGAGGAAUUAAUUAUAUUGGUUAAACCGAUAAAUAAACCGCUUGGGUUGAGGUUAUCAAUCUCAAUCGUUUUCAUCUUGAUUUUAUUGCUACUAUCGGGUUAAUAUACGACGCGUGUUCUAUAUUAACUCGGUAGUAAGUUUUAUUAAUGAACGCGUCUCGUUAUUAAUAACUACCCUCGAUGAACUGGAUAUACUUCUCGAUUGAGUGUUCGAGAGGAAGAUAGUUAAAGAUAUAACUGGGAUCGACGAACAUUUCAUUAAGUGGAUAAUAGCAAAACCAAGUCUUCUUCUCAUUAAUUAAACCACAUAAGUCAUUCAUCUUUGUGUUUAAAUAUUCUUAUAGUUCUUCAACAAAAAAUCCAAAACCCCCUAUGUUACUAGUUACAAAAAUAGAAAUAUUCCUUUCUAUGUGAAUAUGAACCUUACUACACUAUACUACGUAUAAGUGUUGUAUUGUAUUAUUAUUUUGAGUGCACAUCACGACAAAGUGCACGUCAACAGCAGCACGGUAGAUCAUAUACAAGUAAAUCUUCAAUAAUUUGUAAUGUAUGACGUUUUUAUUUAUUUUUUCUUUCUUUUUUAAUAAAAAAGAAUCCUAAGAAAACACUUCAAAUCAUAAUAGUAAUCCAUAGCACAUGUGUCUCAAAUCUAGUGAACUAAAUUAAUGCCAAAACAGUUUUUCUCAAAAACCAUAUAGAUAAAAUAACAUAUUAGAACAAUCGUAAUUGCCUAAUCGAAGAGUGUGAACCACAUGUCUUCAUUACUCUCCUCUUCUUUCUCUUCAUUCUUUGCUUCUGCAGGAACUGAUGUAGCCGGGGCUGCAGCACCAGCAGGGGCUGCAGAUGCUCCACCUCCAAAAUCUGCUUCAACAACAGCUCCGCCAAUAAUCACCUGGAAAACGGUGGAGUUAGGGAAGGCAUAUGUACUUAUUAUACUUUUCAUAAUUGUUAUGUAGUACUCCAUAUUAUUUGUUUACUACUCUCUCAUCCUUGUGAUAACUAAUACGGAAUACAUAUGACUAACAUUGUGGCAUGAAGAGGUAUGUGAUUAUUAAGAGAAAUUAAAAUAGAUUAUCAGGUUAGUAUUAAGGGGGUGCUUGUAACUGAUUCUACUUAUGCUUCUACUCCCCCGAUUUCUAAACAAAUUGAUCCUAGGAAUAAAUUAGAGCACCAUUAUCACUUCUGUACAAUCACCCAAACACUUCAACUUCUGCUCCCUGGAGGAUCAAAAUAUUAAAAAUCAGAUAUAGACACCCCCUAAAUUGCUAAAAUAAGAAUAAAAUAAAAAUGUUUUAGAACUACACAAAUUUUAUCAUAUUCAGUAUGGAACAAUCUUAAUGGGACGACUCGAAAAAAAGAUGACACAAUUUUAGCGUGACAAAAAAAGUAAUACGAUAGUAAGAUUUAUAAAUGCAUUAAAUACGUAGAGACCGUUUGGCAGCACUAUUUUUCAGGUUAUCAGGCUUAUCAGCCAACUUUUUCACCAAACACGCAACUUUUGUUUUCGCGCGCUAAAUUGUGUAAUAAACAGAAAAAGUAAAGUUAGAGUUAUUUUUCUGACUGUAUUGGUUGAAGUUACUGUAGAUGACCAUUUUAGUUAUUUUAUACAUAAUGUUUUCUUUAUUUUAUUAAUAAAAUAUAUGUUAAAAAUAAUAUUUUCCUAAAUCAGCAGAAUCAGCCAAUGAAGCCACUUCAACCAGAACUUCAUAAAUUAUAGCAGAAUCAUCCAUAUUAGCCGAUUUUGAUGCUACCAAACGUGCUCGUAGUAUAAACAUUUGUAAUGUUCAUGUUUGAGAACCCGUCUUUAGAUACUAGUGCUCGUAAUAAGAAAAGCAUGCAAGCUGUAUAAAUAAGAAACUAAAAAUAAAUAGAGAAACAAGCACCAAUUCUGAAGUUAUGGCUAUAAAAUCAAGGAUAAUGACAUUACAGGCAGAAGAAACAUAGAACUGAGAAUCGAUUUUGAGGACAUAGCGGUAUUCAACAGCAGUCGCGCCUGUCAUCAUGCCACUAAAGCGUUAGGUGCUCAACAAUUCUCCUACUUGCUUGGCAAGAUGGGCAUUUGUGACCCCCAUGCUCCAUCUUGAGGGGGGUGUUAGUCAUACUUUGUACAAUUAUUAUUUUAUGUACAAUUUAUUUUCUUGUACAUAAUUUACGUGUAACGUUUGUAUUAGACUAGGAGUUUAUUUUCCUUGAUUUUCUUUCCUUCUUUAGCUCCUAGAUUAUCUCGCAGGGACGUAUGUGAUACGGAGGAUCUCCCAUGCGUUAAUGUAGUAUAUAUGUAACAUCAUCAUGCAUGAAUGAGCAGCAAGAAAUUUCCUUCCACUUUCAACUUUAUUUUAAUAGUAAUCCAUGGCACAAGUGUCUCAAAUCUAGUAAACUAAAUUCAUGCCAAAGCAGUGUGAACCCCGUGCCUUCAUCACUCUCUUCUUUAUCUUCUUUAUCUUCUUUCUUUGCUUCUGCAGGAGCUGCUUCAGCCGGGGCUGUAGCACAAGCAGGGGCUGCAGAUGCUCCACCACCAAAACCUGUUGCAACAACAGCUCCGCCAAUAAUCACCUGGAAAACAGCGAAGUCAGGGCAGACGUAUGUACUUAUUACGGAGUACUAGAUUUUCACCCGCGCGAUGCGCGAAUAUUAAAAUGUAAUAGCAAUAUGAUAUUAUUUGUAAAUAUUAGUUGGUCGUGUGAAAUGAAUGCAAAUUGUCAUAGACGUACGUAACAUGCAUUAUUAUUACAAGUAAAGUUCGAAUAGUGAAAACUCAGAGAUAUAUAGUAAGUACGUUUUGGAAUAAGUAGAAUAACGAAAUGUUAUAUAACGUUUCGCAAUCUAUAAAUUGCAAAAAAAAUCCUUAU